AUGCGAUGGGCAUUUGAAGAAUGGAAAUCAUAUAUUUAUGAUUUGGCUGAUGAACAACGUACAAUGCAUAUGGCUGAACAGUAUAGUGAUCGACGAAUUAUGGUAAUACGAAACAAAAACUUUUUGUUUUUUGACUAAGUAAUUCCAUUAUAUCUAGCAGAAAAAAAUUAUCUGUUCUGCUGAAGUCGAUCAGAUCUAAUGAGGAAACUUGUCAAGUAAUUAAUUGCUUUUGAGAUGAGUUUUACCUCAUUAUGUUCAUUGUAAAAGCAAUUUAUUAAUUCGUGAAGUAUCUUUGAACGAUAAUUUCUAGUGCUCAAACAGCUACUUAUUGAUGAAAGUCUAGAAUGAUUUUCAUACUCGACAGAUAUUCUUUAAAACCAUGUGUUUCGGUAUAUAAAACUUUAUGAGAAUUGUAUUAUUGGUUUCUAGUGAUUCUCCUUGAUCAACUAUUUUUUCUGAUUCUAACCGAUUUUACACGAAAUUAUCCUUUUCUAUACAUUCAUAAAUCAUACUAUUGUCUUGUAUGUUUCGAAAUGCUUGUCAAAAUGAACUUUUAUCAUGACGAUUGAAGCUAGAACGCUACAAUCAGAAACUAUCUCAAUUGAGUUCGCGAAUUGUUCUCUUUACUUUCAAACUUCGACGAAAUAAUUUGAUACUAAUCAACAAUUAAGGCUAUCCUUCAAAAAUGGAUCUCAGAUUAGGAACAUUCGAAUGACAUGAAAUUUUCAGGAUAUGCUGGGGAGGCUAUGGUAAAAUUUUCAACCCUGUACGAUGAUGUUUGAGGAAGAUAUUGGCCAAACAAGGGUCAAAAAAUAGCCUAAGCUCUCUAAAAAUAGCGGUCUAAUUAUAUAAAUGUUCAUAUCUGUAAUAAAAGCAAAGCUUAAGCAAAAAAAACAGGGUUCUCAUAGGUAGCGAGCUGCAGAUCCACGUUUUUGUGGGCUCGAACCCGAUCGAGUCCCAACCCGAGGUUUUUUCCAUCAAUACCUGGUACUUUUC